AUGUGGUUGCCAUCCCUUACGUACGCUGUCGUUCUGGCAGCGGCCUUGUUCAUUUACUUUAUUGCAUGGCCUGUGGUAGGAUACUUCCGCGACCCGAAAGGGUUGCGCAAAUUCCCCAACAUGUCGAUGUUCUCUGGAAUCAGCUCCAUUCCAAUGAUGAUUCUGGCCCAUACUGGGGCGAGGUCGGCGUAUCUGACGGAGAUGCACAAAAAAUAUCCUGUGAUCCGCGUCGCUCCCAAUACUCUAUCAUACGGGGACGUCAGAGCCAUCAAGGAUAUAUAUGGCCACAACACUCCCUGCAUCAAGGACCCUUCCUACGUCCUCUUCUCUGGCAGUCACUUUCACCUAGCAGAUGUGAUAGACCGCAACGACCACGGCCGCAAACGGAAAGUCCUGUCAUCAGCCUAUGCCAUCAAGAAUCUCGAGCAGUGGGAGCAUAAGGUGGCUGACAAGAUGAGCCGGAUCAUCAAGCAUUUUGAUCAAUGCUGUACCACGCCCAUGCAACAGGGUCAGAAAGUGCCGGUCUCAGAAGACGUCAACCUGGACUUUCGCGCCUGGAUGAACUUCUUCAGUCUCGACGCCAUUUCCGACAUAGGCCUUUCGGACCCGCUAGGCUUUCUCGACAAAGGCCAUUCGCGCAUGGUCGCACGCCGGACGAAUGGAACGCGUUAUGAGACAGAUAUGCGGGACUGCUUGUAUAAAAUGGCUCAUAAACAAUCUCUUCUCAUCUGGCCAUAUGCAUGGUACCCGUUUCUCAACAAAAUCGCCGAUGUCAUUCCGUUUUACGGUCGUAUGGGUGCCCUACACCGACAAUGGGAGGGAAUCCCGCUGGAACUCGCAGCUCGCCGUCUGGAGCGCUAUCAACGAGGUGAAAGGCUUGAUGAUUUCUUCCAAGCGCUUAUGGAGGACAAGAGCUCUCGUCCGAACAAUCUCGAAUGGGGUGAGAUAGUGGCCGAAGUCAGCAUCAUGCUGAACGCUGGAUCGGUUACAACGGCCAUCGCUAUAACGAACGUGAUGUUCCAGUUGCUCAAGAACCCAGAGUGUCUGCACAAAGUCAGAGAAGAGAUCGACUCGGCUCUGGAUGCCGACGUGGUUGAAGACUGCGAGUCUGCGGGCGGUUACUACGAAGACGGGGUCAUUGCUUACGACCGGCUCAAACAUCUGCCCUACCUCCGUGCUUGCCUUGACGAAUCUCUCCGCCUAUUCCCUCCAACGGUACACGGAUUGCUGCGACUGACGCCACCAGAAGGCAUGAGGAUCGCCGAUGAUUUCAUUGCAGGCGGAGUAUCGGUGAUGAUGUCCGCGUUGACCGCUCAUUGUGACCCCAAUAUCUUCCCCAGCCCAGAUAAGUACAUCCCCGAGCGAUGGCUGGGUGAGUCAGGCAAGGCCCUUCAACCGUAUUUCCUGGCGUUCAGCGCAGGGGCACGGGGUUGUAUUGGCCGCAACAUCAGCUAUCUGGAGCAGACGGUGGCGAUGGGGACAUUGUUGAGAAGAUACGACUUUGCCUUGAAAAGCUCGGACUGGGAGAUCGAGAGACUGGAGACACUUAACUGGAUUUUGGGCGAGAUGCCAGUUAAGGUAUGGAGGAGGAACCGUGAGAAGCAGCUCUGA